CCUCGAGGCCGUUACUUCAUCUUCUUCCUCCCUCUCCGCUCUGGCUCUCGCUCCACUCUCGCUCCACUCGCACAUCGCUGCGCUGCAUCGCAUCGACGCCUGCUUCCUCCGAGCGCGGCGAACCUUAGAAUCGCCCAUGGACGGCGCUCCUUCGCACGGAGAUAAGGAGAGCAAGAUGGACCCGAUGAGGGAGUGCCGCGGUAAAGGAGCGUGCGAGUUCAGUCCUCGGACGGAGCAUGUCUCCGAUCGCAUCCUCCCUCAUAUUCUCAACUUAUAUGCUUCUCAUGCCACUCCUCGUGACUUUGAGAUCUAUGCUGAUGAUGCUUCUUUUGAAGACCCACUCAUGUGUGCUCAUGGGUUGAGGCAGAUCAAGUCAGCAUUUUACUCUCUGGCAAAGGUGUUCAGUGAAUCGAGAAUUGUUGAAUACACUGUCAAAGAGAAUUUGAUAUCACCAGGGAAAUAUGAGAUACUGAUUGACAAUAAACAAUACUACAAGUUUUUGGGGAGGCACAUAGACAUGAUUUCUCUCAUUAGGCUGUACGUGGAGAAUGACAAAGUUGUUCGUCAUGAGGACUGGUGGGAUAAGAAGCCUCUCAAGAGCAGAGACACUGUCCAGAUCCCCAUGGUUGGCAUAACUUUGGAAAUGCUUCGCCGGGGCUCAAUGAUGGCAACUCAUGCUAUGAUGGGUUUUGGGAAGGAUCCUACCAUGUAAAUCAACUCUUAAAUCUGAACAGAGAAUUUCUUUACACCUGUUAAGGUUUGUGCAGACAAGUUGGUGGUGAUUUUUAUAGCUAGAGAAAGUAUACGAGCAAACUGUGUGGUGUUGGUGGUUAUUGCUUGAGAAUGUGAACAAGCAAUCAGAACCAGGUGUUGUACUGCAACGCGACAACUCUGAGGUUUAGGUAGUCGCUCCUCUGGCUUUCAGAGGAUUCAGAUUCUAUUUGUUGGCAAAUUUUUUGUGACAUUUUAAAACUAUUAGCAACAAGCAGAUGUAUUCUGGUACUUUAUGAUCUGCUUUUCUUUCUGUAGAUGCUCAUAUGAUUACCCACUAUAAGUUUCUCUAUGAACAAAUUAUUCUAUUAAAUAAAACUGAAUUUCCAUG